AUGAUAUUGUCACCGGCGCUGAGAGCGGCGCUGCGACAGGCCAAGAGUCGAUCACGCUGUUCACAGUCCGUUUCGCAAUUCGAUUCUCAGUCGCAGCUACAGCUCCUGCAGCAGCAGGAAUGGACCCGUGGGUCAUUUCUGCUACAGCCCAACACGCUCGUGUCUUCCUCUGUAGCAUCGUCCGCCGCAACCUCGGCUGUAGUCGUCACCAUUGGCACCAAUGUGCCAUCAGCUGGAGUGAAUUCCGGGCUACAGUCGCAACAGCCGCCGCCACCGCCGCCGUCGCGGGCCAGCCUGGCGGCAGCGCUGGCGCACACAGGCGACGGCUCGCUCAGCACCGCAUCCUGGCUACAGCCACCACCGCCGGUGAAGCCGCCGCCACCGUCGCGAAACAGCGUCCCGCAGCUGCAGCGGCCGGAGCAGCAGCAGAUGUUGACUCAACAGCUAUCCGAGUCGUACGGAUCUGAAUCUACCGUAUCCACGUUGCAAAACAUGUACGGCGGAUCUACAGGGCUGAGGCCGCAGCUUCAAGCCGGGACGUGGGCAGCGAAGUGGCUUGCCGCAGCCGCAGCCGCAGCCGCCGCCAUCGGGCCUGGCGCUGGUAGGUUGAAGCUCCACCCCGGGGGCUUGUCGAAGGCCCUGCACACCCAGCAAACGGUCGCCGCCGGCACCGGCAUCGAGGGUGGCGCCGAAACCUUGGAAGUAAACAGCGGCGCUCCCGUCGGCCGUAUGGCAGAUAGGCGCAUGGGACGAGCUGCUGCUGCGGCGGCUGCUGGCGUGGAGGCUGCGUUACCCAGACCCAAGUUCACGUUCGGCGAACCUAGGUCCUUGUGUUCCCGGAGGCGCUCGUCCAUGGCCGUUGUGCAGGCAGGGUACGGGGAUUUGACCCCGGGUCUGCGCCUAACUAAUGGGGAAGACUUACCCCAGAACCUUAUGGGGCUAUCGAUGCAUAUCCGGUAG